GCGCGGCGUAGGCAAAUAAACCGGUCGAGGAGUGACCCCACUAGGUACGUCGCUUGGAAAAUAACCCCACUACUUGCCUCAUCAGCCUCAGCAACACCGCUCCUCCACCUCCGCCCUCCCUCCCGCAAACACGCCAUCCACAACAAUCAGUCUUCUCCAUUGACUACUGAUAAAGCUGCCUAGUGUCUUGAACCUCCCUUUCGCAUCCUCGACACUUCACACACAACAUCAUGGCUCAAUCCGGUGUCUCCGUCUCGCCCGAGUGCAUUAGCACCUUCAACGAGCUCAAGCUCGGCAAGGAUAUCAAGUGGAUCAUCUACAAGAUCAGCGACGACUGGAAGGAGAUUGUCGUUGAGGAGACUUCCAAGGAGGCCAACUUUGACGUAUUCCGCGAGAAGCUUCUCAACGCCAAGAGCAAGGACCGCAAGGGCAAGGAGGGCAUUGGCGGUCGCUAUGCCGUCUUUGAUGUUGAAUACGAUCUUGAAAGUGGUGAGGGAUCAAGGAGCAAGAUCACCUUUAUCAGCUGGACGCCCGAUGAUGCGCCACAAUACCCCCGCAUGAUGUACUCGUCCUCUAAGGAAGCCAUCAAGCGCUCUCUCAACGGUCUCGCUGCCGACAUCCAAGCCAACGAUGCCGACGAUCUCGAGUUUGAGAACAUCAAGAGCCGUGUCUCCAAGGGCCGCUAAGGGCCUCUUCGUCUAGCCAGUCACAUUGGACCUGCGCAACCCACCACGCGAGGACACCGUGAGCUGGAAUGGCACGAAGAUAUAAAGUCGAGUGAUUAAUUUGGUAGCGUGUCAUGUCAUAGCGACUUUUCAGCAACGGAAUGAAAAUGAUUAAAGCGACGAUUUGCGCGCAGUAGCAUUGCUGGGCUUUGUUUCGAAUGGUUAGGCGUGGUAUGCUU